AUGCGUGUAUCCAAGGAAAUGCGAGAGUUUAUGGAAAAUCAGGAUGUGAACCCACUGAAGAGUAUGAAACUUUUGAUCAUUCAGAUUCCAAUAUUCUUGUCCGUGUUCGCGGGAAUUCGUGGAAUGACCUCGGUGCCUGUUCCCAGUAUGCGAGAAGGUGGUUUGGCCUGGUUUACUGAUCUCACUGUUCCUGAUCCGUUUUACGCAUUACCACUGAUCAGUAUGGGAUCCAUUCUACUUAUGUUCGAGACUGGAGCUGACAUGUCCACGCAAGCAAUGACUCCCACUGUGCGCACAAUCAUGCGUGUGUUCCCAUGCAUCGGAUUUUUCAUGGUUAUGAAUAUGCCAUCUGCUCUUCUCUGGUACUGGACUGUGAGUAACCUGAUUUCCGUGUCUCAAGCGAUGCUUCUUCGUGUACCGGCUGUCCGAGCGUGGUUUAAGCUACCUGAAGUGAAUAAGCCACCACCAACCUUGGUAAAGAAGCGCGGAUUCGUUGAGGGUUUUCGUGAAACGAUGACGAAUUCAAAACUUCUAGCGGAGCUGGAAUCACGUGAACGAUUGGAUGCCAAGUCAUGGCAAAAAGCUGGUCGAGCGGCUAUUCCCCGUACCUAUGCGUAUGAUCCAACCAAACCUCCUCCAAUUCGAACCAAAGGCACUGUUGUGGGCAAUCCCACCGUGGAUCGGAAGGUGGCUUCUGGGAAAAGCUGA